UUGUUACGUUACAGUUUAAACGAAAUGGACUUACUAUGGAGUGUUUUAAAAAUAAUCGCCUUCACAUCCAUUUCUAACAAAAUUAUCCAUGCCUACGAUAUUCGAAGACACCCUUGCUGCCAAGAGCCCACCGACAAUAUCAGUCUGUCGAUGAUGAUCGACGCGUAUGAGAUCUACGGCCAUGAUCCUACAGACAAACUCGAUCAUUUAGCUCACUAUCAGAUAGAGAUGAUGAAGAUUAAGAGAGCACCAGAUCAGUAUAUCAUCAACGAGCAUGUCCACAUUGCAACUGAUCACCUUGGAAGAUUUAUUAACAUGCACAUAAAAGAACUGAAGGUACUACUAAUCGCUUUGGAAGACGCAAUAGACAACAUGAUGACAAUGUACGAUAACCACAAUGCGAUCAAAACUGAGAGAGUCGCUACUUUUAAUUCGGCUGCUGGCGGGGCUGUUCCAUCAGAAUUUUAUCUUAGUCAAGAAUUCUAUUGCGGCAAGAAUGUCUACAUCUUCAUAUCGGAGUUGUACAGUGAUAUCUACAACAUGGGCCGUGGUAUCACCCCAUACUGCAGGGGACGAGGUUUCCAUUUCCUAGGCUUCGUGCAUUUUGCGGACGACAAUAAAUAUUACCUAGAAGAGGAUCCAAGUAUAGCUUUCCAGGGAGAUAACUAUAUACACGGCCUGGAGUGUCAUCUAGGAAUUUGUAUUUUCAGAUUCCCCUUUAAAAAGAGUCUUCAACACGUUAGAGACGUGUCAACGCUUCCAAAGGCGAUUGUGAAGUGCGGUCUCAUUAUGUAUAAACUACCCCCACUCACCGCCGCGUCUUGUAUCAUCACUUCUGGAUCUUUUAUACUGGACUUCAAUAUUCAAGGGAUAAGGUUUAGACAUUAUGAUUAUAUGCUGUUUCUUCCUAAUGGUCACUCAUUUUAUACAAAAGAAAAGAUGUCUCCAUUAGUCUGCGACCAUCACGUUUGUGAAUGGAACAACACGAAUUUCUACGGAGGACCGUUUAUAAUCCCGGGCGACCCUGGUACAGGAUUGUCCCCGAUUCCACCAUUCCUCGAACAAACCACAGAGGCUUAUCACCCCACGGAACCACCUGGCCACGAAUAUGCCAACAUUACUUAUACCUUGGACGGGUGUUGGUUUAUGUUCCCACCGAAUUAUGGCUCGAUAGCUGGCAUCAGCUACCUGGAUCCGCUCACCGUUAACGAGUAUCGGUAUACGUGUUCCGGUACAGGAAACAAGGGUCUCUAUUGGUAUCCGCAAUGGAUGGGCGCCCCACCUCACCACCCGUACCCUCGUUCCGGGGAUUCACCAGUAGAUCUUAACGCAGAGGUGCCAGGUGUAUUCUACCCGCAUAAUUCGCCAGGAGAAAUGCCGCCUGAAAUACCAGCAUUCCGUAUCGGGACCAAUUAAUUGUUUACACUUGGCUUGCUUGUUUUUCUUAAAAUUAGUUUUAAAAAUCUGCGGGCGACGGUAUGACCUUGAAAUAUCGUAACAUAAGUCUGAAAUCAGUUAACUCAUUACAUCAUAUGAGCUGUAACUCGUGUUCUUCUUCCGCAUUUAUUCAGAUUUUUUACAAAUCUAAUGGGAACCGUUUGUUGUCCUUCCUAAAAAGUAGCAUAUGUCAAUUCAACUAACUCUAUGCCAAAAAGUCAGUUGAUUGAUUGUUUAGUUAGUGCGUAAAGAAAGGACUAACACAAAAACAAACACCCAUGGAUGGAUAAGAAGAAGACUAAUGUCUGAAGUCUAGCGAAGAAGUUCCGCAAUCUAACCGAAAAUCUUCACAUGACAGAUUGAAUUUGGUAGUUGUUAGCCUUAUCAACAGUAACUAGAUAGCAAUACCAAAUUCAACUGUUAUCUAAAGCUUCGGAUAUGAUUGAUUGUUAUUAAUUUUGAGCCAAACUCAUCUUUAAUGGUUUACUAUCUAAAAAGCCUUAACUUUGUAACUAAAAACUAAUUUCGCUAAGGUCUUAGCGGUCACUGCUUUAAGCUGUGGUAUUAAAAUAAUAACAAAUAUAUGAUUUUUAAACAAC